CCGUCCAUCAUUUUCAAAAGCAGCAGAAGCAGCAGUGGCAGUGUUUUUCUCGUGUGAUGGCCGCAAAUCGCGAAUUUACACGCGCUGAUUAGCAAGUUCGUCGCGCUAAAUUCCGCGGAACCAUCUCGCGGGCGGUAGUGUCGCACCCGGAGCGGUUUACAUCGGCCGGAGGUUGUGCUUUCCACGUAUAUCGGGAGUGAUUCCGCGAGUGUUGUGUGGUGGUGUCAGGCUAUUGAUUUUCCUGCUGUGCGCCGCGGCGUUGCACUUGAAAAUUUUCCCUACGUCGGAAAUCGUAGCAAGCGCGGAACGGUCGGUCGCCGGAAAUCAGCUGCUGCGCCACGGGCAACGACCCACAUUCGAGUCGGUUUGUGUUGUUGUUUGCCGGAAGUGAUUUCGUAGCAGGGUAAAGGAAAACGACGGGAUGUACAACGGAAUCGGUCUGCAGACGGCCCGUGGGUCCGGAACGAAUGGCCACGUCCAGCGGAACGUGGCCUUUGUGCGGCCAGGCAAGAAGGACAGCGUUAACUAUCGCACCGAGGACGAUCUGGCCAAGCUGGAUGCCCAGGCGAACCGGCAGCCGAACCAGGGUAUUCUGGACCACGAGCGGAAGCGGAAGGUCGAGGUGAAGUGUGCUGAACUGGAGGAGGUUCUCGAGAGUCAAGGACUCAACCUGGAGGAAGUUCGCACCAAGGUGGAGCUGUACCGCUCGAAGCUCAUGAACCAGGGCGGCACCGCUACCACAGAGCUACCAAAGGACGAAUUUGGACGAUUGCUCGUCCGCGAGACCCAUCACAUCGCCCAGGCCCAGCAGGAGAAGAAUGCUAAGCUGCGGGAGGCGUUCGGCAUCUCGGAGUAUUUUGUCGAGGGAACCAGCUUCGACCAGGACCGUAAGGCGAAGGAGGAUCUGGCCAAGGCGGACGUCCUGCAGAAGGAGCUGGCGGAGAAGGAGCGAGCGGCUCGCGAGGCGGAAAAGGUCAACCGGAAGCGGUACGCUCUGGUGAGGACUCCGUCGCCGGAUCGGCCAGCGACGGCCAGCAAUGGCAAGGACGGCGGCGAGCAGGAGCGCCGUGGCCACGGAGAUGACGAUGAGGACGCGGCCGGUGGGGGGCGCAAGGAUGACAAGAAGAAGCACCGCAAGAAGAAUCGAGAUGGAUCAUCCAGUCCGGAACGCAAGAAGGACAAAAAGAAGAAAUCCAAGAAAAACAAGAAAGACAGAUCCAAGAAGAAACACUCGAAACGUUCGCACCGGGACCGUGACGACAGCGAGGCCCACUCGGAUUCCGACUCGGACUCGGACCGCUCGGAUUCGCACUCGGAUGGCGGCGGUGGCAAGCAUCGCAAAAAGUCCUCCCGGAAGGAUAAGAAAAAGAAAAGCUCUAAAAAGAAGCACGCACGGUCGCGAUCGGGUUCGCCGGACAGCUCUCCGACGAAGCAACCGGAACGUGAUCAUGGAAAGCGCGAUCGCGAGCACCGGAAGGAAAAAGAUCGUCGCGAUGACGCGAGUUCAAGCCGGGAUCGUCGGGUCGAAGAUUCCGCUCGGCAUUCCGGGUUCUACCAGCAGCAGCAACAGCAGAGGGACUUUGAGCGUUACGGAGGAAGGAGGGCUGAGGAAAGGGGUCGGAGAAGUCGCUCCCGCGACCGGCGCAGGAUUGAUGAUCGUUCGCGCAGCAGAUCAAACUCCAAGAGAAAGGACCGCUCACGGUCGGGCUCGAGGGUCAAAGCAACGAAGCGGGACAAAUCGCACGAGAGACGCGAGCGAAGCGUGGAAAAGGCCAAGGAUCGGAAGAAGGACAAGUCGCCGAAGCGUUCGGACGGGGAUAAAAAGAAGGGGAAGGAUCGGUCUAGAUCGAGGUCCAAAUCGGUGGAGAAAAGGUCGAAGGACAAACGGCGCGAUCGUUCUGGUUCGCGUAGCACCCGCAAGGAAGACACGAAAUCGAAGGACAAGCGGCGCAACAGAUCGCGCUCGGCUAGUGAGAAGAGAAGUGACAAGAAACGGCAGGAUAGAUCACCAUCGACGAGCAAGAAGCGGGAUGAGGAAAAACGCCGCAAGCGGUCACCCUCGGCGGGUAAGAGAAAGGAAGUGGAGAGCAAAAAGCGAGACGAGCCGAAACGUCGCGAGAGAUCAGCGAGCAAAACUGGCAAAGUUGAUGAGAGGCGUAGAGGAAGAUCACGCUCAAACAGUGGGGAUCGCUCUCGAUCGGUCAGCCGGGGCAAGCAGGCAGAGAGACGCCGUGAAAGAUCGGCUAGCAACCGACGCGAAAGGAUGACCAGACUUCGAUCUCCGGCGUCCGCCAUGAAAUGGGAAAUUUUGAAGCAACGUAACGUUUCCCAAUCGGAGAACCGUGACAGCGAUGACGGCAAACGGCGAGGAAACAAGGACAAAAAGGACGAUGAGAAACGCCGCGGCAAGUCAAAGGAUCGCCGGGAUCGCAAGCGGUCCGAAACACCCGAGGUGAGACAGCGCAACAGAAGUGAAAGUCCGGUGGAAAGGCCGAGGAAGCGGUAUGAUUCUCCGAUGGCACCCAAAGCGUUUAGAAACAAGUCUAGAUCGCCUUCUAGGGAGAAACCGCGCAAGGAGCGUACAAAGUCACCCAAGGCAAGUUAUCGGAAGGAUCGCUCCAAGUCUCCGGUGGAAAAGCGUAGAGAUCGCUCGCGAUCACCGAUUGAGGAGCGUAGAGGUCGUUCCAAGUCACCGUUGAGAAAACGCAGAGAAAGAUCUAAGAGUGUUGAACCACCCAAGAAGACGAUGGCAUACAGAAAAAGUCCUUCUAAAUCUCCCGUGGUCAAGAACCGAAGAAACCGCUCCGAAUCAACCGAUGACAACAGGAAGAAACCUUCCAAGUCUCCGGUAAGGAACAGAAGAUCGCCACCCCUGAUGAAGAAGCCAAGAUCAAAGUCCCCGCUUCCAUCGAGGAAAGAACCGGAACAACCGACCAGAAGACAACGAUCAAACACUCCGGAAGCACGUGCGCCCGCUUCUUCUUCCAAGGCACCUGCAAAACAACCCGUGUCCGACGGAGACUCUUCCGAUUCGGACUCAUCGUCGGACUUGAGCUAUUCACCGGCCCAACGCGAUCCCGAUCGCUACCGCGACAUCUUGGAGAAGCAAAGUCGCUUAAAAGAGCGCCAAAAGUCGCGAUCACCCACGCCGAAGAAGCAAACCCCGGCGCGAAAGUCCUUCUCGCCGAAGCAGGCACCCGUUCCGGCCAAGUCACGUUCAAAGACCCCGGUAAAGAGACGUCGCUUCGAGACGCCACCCCCGCAAGAGAGACCUGUAGUUGCGAAGAAGAAGGACACGCGUUCGCCUCCACCAAGGAAGCGCAAAGAUCGCACUCCGUCUCCAGCGGCGUCUCACUCCAGCGAAAGCAGUCGACCUUCGGUGAAGCCGGUCAAGGACGUGACUCCGGAGGUGAAGCGACCGGAGGAGAAAUCAUCCCCAUCUUCAAACGAGAAAUCCAGCAAGCACGGUAGCAAAAAGUCCAAGAAGAAGCAUCCCCAGCAGGUUCAACCGGUUGUCAAGCUGCAAUCUCCGGCCUCGUCGUCCUCGGAAGAAUCCGACCAGGAAGCGCGCGAUCAACCCAGCAGCAGCAGCAGCAAAUCCAAACAGAAGGGACGAUCCGAUCAUCACCUGGACGCGUUCCUACCUUCGCUCACCGAACAGAAAGAGGACAAGAUGCUGAAGGCACUCAAGAAUGACUUGGCCGCGAAGGCAAAGCAAUGUCUGGAGAAGAAAAAGUCCGUUUCGGAGCUGACGGGGCCAUCGGACACGUCCGCGCAGCCUCGUGUUGGCGAGAGUCGCGAACGAAACAUCCAAAUUCAGCAGGCGAAGAUGGCUUCGUACAACAUCCCGAUCGACAACGGCAAGGGCAUCGAGUUCACCUCGGAGGAAGCAACCGUUCCCGAAGAGGCGACCUUCCUCAAAAGCAAAGCCGGCGCUCCCAUGCCGGUGGCUGCCCCCGCCGUGUCCAGCAGCAGCAGCCAGAUGAAGAAGGACAUUCACGAAAUCUUGACGACCGUCGGAGCGCGCCAUGCGGAAGACAGCGCUAAGAAUAGCAGCAGCAGCGGCGGAGUCGCGGUCAGCUUGGCCAAGAGCACGAUCCUAAGUGCGGUCGACAGCAUCCUGAAGGAGAAGAUAUCCGGGGCGAUCGAGUCGGCAGCCGCGGCCGUCAAGGCACGCAAAUCCCGCAGCGCGUCCCGGUCGAGGUCACGUUCGCGCUCCAGGUCGCAUCGAUCCCGCAGCUACAGCAGUUCCAGCUCAAGCUCGCGCAGCUCCCGUUCGCGGUCUUCGCGAUCCAGCCGCUCUAGAAGUGGUGCGAGCUCGCGCCGAAGCCGAACGCGCUCCCGCAGCAGCACGUCGCGAUCCCGAUCGCGCACGCCUCCGCCACCCAAGCGUCGCUCGUCGCGCUCGCCGUCGAUUCCGCGCCGUGCCGGUUCGCCCAGCUUCCUUGACCGUCGUCGGAUCACCAGCGCUCGGAAGCGUCCCAUACCAUAUCGUCGACCGACGCCAUCGUCCCUCUCCAGUGGCAGCAGUUACCACAGCCGCAGUCGGUCCCGCUCGCGGAGCCACAGCAAAAGUGUCUAGAAAAUCCCGAUGACCAUAAAGUAGCCAUAAUCGCAAAACAAACCGCAAGAGAAAAUCAAAAACAAUCAUGACAAAAGCAAAUGCUCGAAUUUUGUUUCAUUAACUGUGCAGAUAUUAAUAUUUUAAACAGCUAUCCUGAUAUUACUAACUGAUAAGAUCAAAUCACCAACUAGUCACCAUAGACCAUUAGCAAAUUGACAAACACAUCAAUUUAUUUUUUUGUUCUAGUAACUUUUUAAGGUGCAAUUUAACAAAAAAGAAACGAAAUCAUGAUCUCGAGAUUACACUAUCUAAGUCAUUAAUUUAUUUAAUUUAUUCCCCUUAUUUAUUUAACUUUUUCAUAUCAUAAGCUGCAAACAAUGAAACCUACCAACAGCAAGUAUUUAAAAUGAUCAAUACACAAAUGUGAUUACGACAGGUACUAAAACGA